AGUCUCCAUAAAAGGGUACCUACAGAGGUGUGCUCUCUCUUUACUACCAUGCCCAGAAGCACAGAGGAUUGGAACCAGGCCGUCAACAUGAACUCCGUACGAUCGUCAGUGCGAUCGCUCAUGCAGAUGUUCGAUGGCAAAACACAAGAAUUCAUCAGCGACAUAGAUAAUGUCCACAUGGUUUGGCUUGAGGAGAUCCAACAAGAAGCCAACCGCAUGUUCUCACGAGAUUUUAAUACCGAGCCAGAAUUAAUGCCAAAAACGCCGUCACAGAAGAAGAAUAGUCGCAGAAAGCGUGUGUCUUUGGGGCGCCAGGAAGAAAGUCAAGCCACAAGACGAUUUUCAAAGGGAAAGCGCAGCAACCUUCGCGGCUCCUCUGUCAAAUCACUGAACUUCAUUGCUGAAGAAGGGACCACUCCAGAGGCAUCCACAUCCGAAGCCGACACCACCACACAGCCCAAACGCACCACCCGCAAAAACAAGCAAACAAAGCCUGAGGUGGCAGAGAGUGUGAGCCAGUCACCUCAACGCCAAACUGAGGAGGAAGAGGAGGAGGAAAAGACAGACAAAAGUCACGAUGCAGAUGUCCAGCCAGACUCCAUGUGUGGCACCACCCAGUCUCCACCUAAGAUACCCUCACCUGACAUUGUUGUCAACAUCUCUCCAGCAGACCGCUUGUCAGCUGAGCUCGCUAAAAAGCCGGAGUCUUCUCCUGGCCGCACAGCUGCUAAGAUCGCAAUAGCCGACACAACUCGGAGCUCACGGCGGAGCUCCGUACGAUGCUCUCUCAAGCUACGCCACUCACUGGCCGGCCUGCGGCACAGUAUGACUCAGGAGUCUAUUCGCCGCUCCUCACGCCGCUCCAUGCUCAAGAGGAGGGAGUCUCGCAUGGGCAACUCCACAUGUAGCAACAACAUUGAUGCGGACUCUUGCAUGGACUCUGCAGAGGAAGAGGAUAAAGAGGCCAUGUUGGAACUGGUAACUGCUGACCCAGAGGAUAACGCUGCAGCUGAAGAACCAAAGGCAACUCCAGAGGCUGCGAAGCGUGUACAUCCAUCUGUUGGACGCGUUACUCGAUCUGUGGCUGCAAACUCUCCCACCCUGGCACCCCCAUCGUUGUAUACCACCGAGCAAAACAUGAGCACACCCAGCAAGAGAACAGCUGAGAAACGGUCAGGUCGGAGGUCACGCCAGAGUACCAAACGCAAAGCACCAGAUACUGUAGAGGAAAGUCCCACAAAGAGGUUCUCCCCUCCCAAGAAAAGUCAAAGUGCAAUCAGACCCAACAUGAAAUCCUUCCUCCACACUGUGCAGAAGAAUCAGCUGCUAAUGAUGACUCCAAAUUCCCUCGGCCGGACUGCUGUUAUCAAGUCUUUCAUUAAACACACCACGCCCAUGAAGGUCGAUUCCAAGUUGAGCACUGGUAUAGUGACAAAGGAGCGUUACAAGCUGGAAGCACUUAAAAAGAAGCAGGAGCAAGAGGAGGAAAGAAUGAAGAAGAUGGAGGAGGACAAGAAAAAGAAACAGGAGGAGCUUAAAAGGAAGAGGGACGAGAGGCUGAGAAGAGUGUUUGAAGCCAAAGUAAAAGAAGAGCAAAAGGAGGAAGAAAAGAAAAAGAAGAUUGAGCAAAAAAUGGCUCAGAUUGAUGAGAAAAAUGACAAGCGUCAGGCAGAGGAGAAGGCCAAGAAGAAGGUGGCCGUUAAACGUCAGGAGGAGCUGGAGCUGAAGAAGAAGCUGGAAGAAGAGGCCAAGAGGAAGAAGAUUCAGCAAGCAGAGGAGGAGAAACGGCAGCAGGAGCUACUGGCCAAGAAGAAGGCAGAGGAGGAGGAACAGCGAGCUCGUAAACUGGCUGAAGCUCGCAGAGCGCUGGAGCUGAAGAGAGAGCAGGAACGAGAGAGGGAGAGAGAGCUGGAGAGGGAACGACUAGCUGCUAUUGAAAGAGAGCGAGUGGAAAAAGAAAAAGCUCUUGCUCUGCAGCGUGAACUGGAGAGAGCAGCGAGGGAGAAAGAGAGAAGAGAACUGGAGGAGAAGAGACAGGCACUUGAGGAAAAAAGAAAACUGGAGGAGCAGCAGAGAAAAGCUGAAGAAGAGAGAGCUGCAAAGGAGAGAGAAGCUGCUGCUGCUGCUAAACAGACUGCUGCUGCCCUGAAUGUGACCGUAGACAUCGAGCGCUCUGUCAUGAGCACUCCCGUAGGAAAAGGUGGUGGCCUAAAUGUGACCGUGGAUAUUGAGCAAUCACCACAGUCGUACGUCAUCACGCCAAAGGGCGGCAACAAACCUGUGAUGUCCAAAAGUGCAGAGGAUUACGGGAUGGACCAAAACAGUGACGACUCGACUGAUGAUGAGUCUGCACCAAGGAAACCUAUUCCGUCCUGGGCAGAAGGUCACAACCUGCAGCAGAUAAUUAUGAAGCAGUACUACAACCCUCCUGAUUUCGACUCUUUCUUCGGAAAAAUCGAAUCUCCAAAACUGGAAAACAUCUUCUACAAGAGCAAGCCUCGCUACUUCAAACGCACCAGCUCUGCCGUGUGGCACUCGCCUCCAUACGGAUCCAAGUAAUAUCUGUGCACUGAUACAGAUAUACACACUGCUGUAUAAAGUAAAAUGUUGGUUUUAAAGUCUGUUCCCAAUAAAGUUUCUUGAUGUUUGUUCCCAAAUAUUAAACGUGUUUAUUUUAGGAAUAUUAUUGUUAGUUUGUAAAAUAUCAUGGUUUUAAGUGAUGAAAUUGAUGCUUCACGCUUGUACUUGAAAAACGGGUGUAUAAUAUUACCCAGUGGGAUGUGAAAGUUUUGUGAAAUGAUCAGUACACACAUUAUACAAAUGAAAGUUUUUACUGAUUGUAAAUGAUAGUAGAGAUCCCAUGUUUGGGAUUUAGGUGCAUUAAAGUGGUUGAUUACGUCAAGAUAUUGCAUAGGUUGUAGCUUUUGAUUCGAUUUGAUAAUACGAUAAAACAGGCUAGUAACUUUUAAAGGUCCGGCAUACUUUAGUUUUCUGUUAUUUUGGUUGAUUGUUCACUUUUUACAGUCUAAUCAACUUUUUAAACAAAACCAAACCAACCAACAUGUGUUCAUGAAUAUACUUUUGAUAUGUAAUGUACACAUCUUAAUGCAGACCUUUUUAUUAUUAUUGCAAGAAAACAAGUAGAUUCAGUAACUAAAGAUAACUCAGUCCCAUACAGCUGCAUCAGCAGACAUGACUAAAAUAAUUGCAUGUCACCCAGCACUCCAUGGAAGAAUGACUUCGUCUUAAUCCUUCAAAAUAAAAGGACUUUUGAAAGCAA